AUGUCCGCUUCCACGGCAAACUUCUACAACGGCCGCCUCUGCGGAUGCUGGAUUCCGGUCAAGCCCACAAGCACAGAGUAUUCCGCUGAACAGAGAUAUCUUCCUCAAGUCGAAUUGUCGGCUUCUACAAAGAUCCUCGAAACCGCAUCCCGUACGAUUCUGAGGCAGACAUUUGUAAACCCCCAAGCCCAGGCCCUCGAAGAAGUCCACUACUCCUUCCCUCUGUACGAUGGUGUCAGCAUCGUUGGCUUCAGCUACACUGUCGGGCCCAAGAAGGUUGUCGGCAUCGUCAAAGAGAAGCAACAAGCAAGACUUGAGUAUCAAGAAGCUGUUGACCGUGGAGAAACAGGUGCCUUACUCGAACAGCUGCCGUUGGCUUCAGAUGUUUUCACUACAUCGAUCGGGAAUAUCCCUACUAACGAGACGAUUCAUAUCGAGGUCGACUAUCUCGGUGAACUGAAACAUGAUGCAGAAACCGAUGGCACGCGCUUCACCAUCCCCACCGCAAUUGCCCCUCGCUACGGCGAUUUCUCUGUGGAUGGAGCGGGCGUCAUUCCGAGUCUCAAUACAGUUGAUAAGGGCGGCAUCUCCAUCUCAGUAGACGUCAUACUCGAGGAGGGCUCAGUCAUCCGUGGUCUGCAGUCUCCCAGUCAUCCAAUCGCAGUGACGAUCGGGCGAACCUCGAGGAUGGACAAUCAUACAGUCAGACCCAAUCAAGCCUCUGCGACACUGACCCUCGGUACCGCUGGGUUUGACACUGAUUUCGUCCUUGUCAUCCUUCGCACAGAGAGUGAGAUCCCCCGUGCACUUCUGGAAAGUCACCCUUCCAUCCCGAAUCAGCGCGCUCUCAUGACCACACUAGUGCCCAGGUUUAGCAUUCCCAACAUCUACCCCGAAAUCGUGUUUGUUGUUGACCGAAGUGGGAGCAUGUAUGGUAACAUUGCACUGGUCGUGGCCGCGAUGAAGGUCUUUCUGAAGUCUCUGCCACUCGGGGUGAAGUUCAACGUCUGCUCCUUUGGCGACCGCUACUCCUUCAUGUUCAAGAAAAGCAGGACUUACGACCAGUCGAGUCUGGUGGAGGCAUUGGACCAUAUUGAAACCUUUGAAGCAGACUACGGAGGCACCUGCCUCCUAGACCCCAUUCAAGAGACCAUACAGCGCCGUUUCAAGGAUCUCCCUUUGGAGGUCAUGGUUCUUACCGACGGUGAAAUCUGGAAUCAAGACGAUGUGUUCACCUAUGUCAACGGAACCGAGAAUGCGCGCUUUUUCACCCUCGGUAUUGGUAGCGGAGCUUCCUCUGCGUUGGUCGAGGGCAUCGCGCGUGCAGGCAACGGCUUUGCUCAGUUUGUGAGCGACGGUGAACGGAUGGACAAGCGAGUAGUGCGCAUGUUGAAAGGAGCAUUGACUCCCCACGUUUCGGACUACACUUUACACGUCACAUACGAACCCGAGGAACCAACCGUUGCAGAGGACGACUUUGAAAUGGUAGAUGCCGUCAAAGACACAGCACAAGUGGUGGGGAGUGUGCCGGUCCACACGCCCACCAAACAGAAGACCAUCUCGCUCUUUGAUCCGACCGCCGUGGAAGAACCGCCCAAUCCACCGGCGGGGCGCUACGACAGUCUGCCUGCCAUAUCAGCGCCCCAAAUCCUCCAAACGCCAUACCGAAUUCCAGUCCUAUUCCCCUUCAAUCGCACCACAGUCUACCUGCUUCUGGACUCCGAAGCACCCCGGAAGACUCCCAAAUCCGUCCUCCUUCGUGGAACUAGCGACCACGGUCUCCUGGAACUUGAGAUCCCGGUCCAGGAUAUCGGUGCCGGUGAGACUAUCCACCAACUCGCUGCGAAGAAAGCAAUGCAGGAGCUCGAGGAAGGCCGAGGCUGGCUCACCGAGGCCCGCAACAGCGAAGGACAACUGUUGAAAUCCAUCCACGAAGGAAGAUGGGACCUCCUUGUCGAACGCGAAGCCGUCCGACUCGGCACUCUGUUCCAAGUUGGUGGGAAAUGGUGUUCCUUCGUUGCUAUCGACGUGGACAAGGAUGGCUCGGAGCGUGACUUGGACUUUGUGCUCCCUGUGAGACCGAGUAAGUCCACCACUGAUUCAGAUCUGGCUUCUUUUGCUCUGCCCACACCAUCUUCAUCUUUCCCGGUUGCAAAAUACCGUAAAUCACUGCAGAGAUCACCCUCGGCUGCUGGUGGUAGUGUGCGAGUUGCUCACCGUCAUCGUCAUGUGCCACCUCAUUCCCGGGGCGAGGCAAGCUGCUCCAGCGUCUUCGAGAACCCUUUGCACACUAUUACUGCCCCUUCGAGCCGUGGCAAGACCGGCAAUUUAUUCAGACCUUCAUAUGUUUCCCAAUCCAUAUCGUCUUUUUCGGCGAAUGAUGCUGACAAUCGUCUUCCAGGGCGCGGUCCCGGUGGCCACCUGGGUGGGAGCAUAGCUCACGGCGGCCCGCCAGCGCCGACGCCAUUUGUUUCCCACCCAGCUCCGUUGCCACGGGCACGUCUAGGUCUAGUGCGACAGGCACCUCUUGCGAUGGCAGCCAAACCACCGCCCCCACCUCCUUUCGCGGCCACCAAUUCCGGCAACUCUCAGCCGAAGCCGGAUCUUGACCUGUCUUCCCUACCCGACACAGUCAAGAUGCGCAAAAUAAUCGACCUCCAGGAAUUCGACGGCUCGUGGCACAUCUCGGGCACCCUUCUUCGGCUCCUCGGCGUCACCGAUGAGCAGGUCACCAGCUUGAAUUUGGACUGGAACGGGACGACAGGCAAUGCAAAUGUACCGGAACGCCCAGCCGGAGACGAGGAUGCACGGCUCGAACUUCCGCUCAAAGCCACGGCCCUCGCAGUCGCAUGGUUCAGAGCCAAGGCCGCCAACGAAGAAGAUGUGUGGGAGCUGGUGGUGGAAAAGGCCCUCGGCUGGCUGAGAGCACAAGGUGAUAAUGCUGAUGCACGUGUUGACAAGAUGGUCGACGAUUGCCGUCAAUGUCUGCCUGGAUAG